AUAACAUUCUCUCUUUCGCGGCUAUGGCCGCGUGAAACCCUAGUCUUGUUUCUUCUUCUUCCACUCUAGGCGAGCUCUUCCUCCAGGCGUGACGCGCGCUCGCUAGAGCCGGCUGCUUCUUCCGGGAUUUCGAUCUUCAAUGUCGAGAAGGACAAGGAUUCCAAAGUUUGGGAGUUGGGACUCGAGCGAUGGACUCAAUGCGGCCUUCACGGAGGUGUUUGAGGUUGCGAGGGCGGCGAGGAUGACGGAUCCCAGCGAGGUGCUGGCCGCGAGAGUGCGAAAUCCUCAUCCACAGAAGAUAAAUCCCACAGGAAGUCACCACCACGCCAGGAAAGGGAGCAGCAGUGACGACGCUGGCAGCAGCGAAGGAUUUGGAAUUGGAAAUGGGUAUGGAGGAGGAGAUGGAGGAGGAGCUCCUCCAAGACCUCACAGGCAAAUCGAUCCUCCUACACAGAGAAUUCUCAUUGACGACUCGCGCUACGUUCCGUUCGGGAAAGAUGACGGUGGCCCUCGACUGAUUGGGCACUCACACUCGGAGCGCGAGAGUUCCUCCUCGCCGGCAUUUAAAUCGCCACUGCACCAGGGAAGAAAUGGAAACCAUCGCAGUGCAUCGCCGGCGUGGGAGCGAAAGGAAGGAUCCUCCACGCCAGGGAGAUUGCGACCAAAGUCGAGUACCAACAUGGAAGUCCCCCCUCCAGAGAAAGCAGCAGUGCUGCCAAAGUUUGGUGCUUGGGAUGCAAACGAUCCGGCGUCCGGUGAUGGAUUCACGAUGAUCUUCACCAACGCAAGGAAUGAGAAAAAGGCUGGAGGAUCCGUGCACGUCCCACCGUUGGGUGUUGACGAAAAGGAUUUGUACCCGGAGAGAAGAACUAGUGCAUCGCAAAAGACGACAUCCACGAAAAAGAGCUUUUGCUGCUUCCAACCGAGCACGGUGGAGGCCUAAGACGUGUUUCUAUCAGUGUACAGUUAUUGUUUUCUCUUGUUCCUUGCUUUGUUCACAGCAGCUUAUGUAACUUUCAGUGGCAUAGCAUUCUUUGUAUCAUUUGAAGUCCUGUAAUAUCACAAAUUUGUACUCUCAAACUA